AUGGCAGCUUUACCCCAAUAUCUUGCCGAUGAAGAGCUUCGUCGCGCUUCUUCUUCCUCCAUUCGAUCAGCUAGCCUUUCCCACGGUCGUGGAGGCGCUGGUAACAUUGGAACCUCUCCUCACGAUGCGGAACCUGUUACUCUCAACACUCCUACCCUCAAAGGUGAUGUCUACACCACCGGUCGCGGAGGAAGUGGGAAUAUGACAAAGAACACCGAUCCUGAGUCGGCCAGACGGCAGGCGCAAGACGUCGUUGGCGAGGCCGAGAUCGCCGCAGCGCGCAAAGAUGCUAGAUGGGAUAGUGCAAUCUCAGAUGAGGAUGAGCCUUAUUACAUCAAGGCCGACAACAGGCCCGCAGGCGAGAAAGGUCUCGCGGACAAGGGAAAGGCAUGGUUGAAGGAAAGGAUGGGCAAGGUUUAA